UUUUUUGUUCUUCUCUUUUUUCUCUCCUCUCCAUUUUGUUGUUGUUAUUUGCACGCAAAAUAACUGUGUUUUACGUCCGAGAUAUGUAAAGAAUGCACUCUCUCAUUUUCUGGUGCUAUUUAUAAGCAACUUUCCGGAAAGCGAUCGCUCCUCCUCACGCCUCCAAUUCAGACCCCCAACGCAACGCGGCGCAAGAAGAACACCUGCACAACACAAACACUUGCCCAGCCCAGAAAGAAAAAACACAAAAGAAUUCCGCUUUCUGUGAUAUAAUAGUAGUUGAGUUGAUCUCUCCGGCCUUCGUCGAGUCUGUGCAGGCAGGGAGAAUAAGGACGCAAUAAUGGUGGCCGUGGAGGCUGCGAAGGCGCCGGCGGUGGCGGUGGCGGAGGGCCCGAUCCGGGCGGAGGAGGAGGAGGAGGCCAAGGUGGAGGCGGAGGUGGAGGCCAAGGGUGAUGCCGUGGCGGCGGCGGCGGAGGAGGAGAGGGAGUACAAGAGCGACAUGAGGAAGCUGGAGGAGCUCAUGUCCAAGCUCAACCCCUGCGCGCAGGAGUUCGUGCCGUCGUCGCGCCGCGCGGCGUCGGCGCCGGCGCCCGGGGGAGGGCUCUCCGCCGAUGCGCCGGUGUUCGUCUCCGCUGCCGAGUUCUUCGGUGCCGGCGCCGGCCAGCUGCAGGGGACCGGUGCCGGCGGCGGGAGGGACUCCAGCAGCGACGGAUCCAGCAACGGCGGCGGCCAGCCGCAAAAUCGCAGAAUCAGAAGGAAUGGCUCCUUCAACCAGGGGAGGAGAAGAAUGGGAGGCCGGACACGGCGAUCUGAUAGGGAGGAUAGUGUGCGGCGGACUGUUUAUGUCUCUGAUGUUGAUCAGCAAGUGACUGAACAGAAGCUAGCUGAGGUGUUUUCUAACUGUGGACAAGUGGUAGAUUGCCGUAUCUGUGGUGACCCACACUCGGUCUUACGUUUUGCCUUCAUUGAGUUUGCUGAUGACGCUGGUGCAAGGGCAGCACUAAACCUUGCGGGGACCAUGCUUGGUUAUUAUCCUGUUAGAGUUUUACCUUCUAAAACAGCGAUUCUACCAGUGAACCCUAAGUUUCUUCCUCGAACAGAAGAUGAGAAAGAAAUGGUCUCAAGGACUGUAUAUUGUACUAACAUAGAUAAGAAGGUUACAGAAGAUGAUGUAAAGAUUUUCUUUCAGCGGCUCUGUGGGAAGGUUUCUCGUCUGAGGCUCCUUGGUGAUUAUGUACACUCCACAUGCAUUGCGUUUGUUGAAUUUACUCAAGCAGAAAGUGCAAUUCUAGCCCUGAACUACAGUGGCCUGGUCCUAGGCUCGCUUCCAAUCAGGGUGAGCCCUUCAAAGACACCGGUGCGUCCGCGGUCACCCCGCGUGAUGUCGAACUGAGCCCCGUCUCGUUCUUCUGCCGUCGUCACCCCUUGUUGACGGCAGGUAUCCCAGGCAGAGAGAGAGCCUUAUUAGAACUGUUGCCUCGCGGAUCAGUAAACUGCGGUUCCCAGAGUACCUAGUCUAGUUCGUCAAAAACGCUAAUGUUUGUCUGUUCAAUUCGUCAGAGACCCAUCAGCUGUGUGUUGGGGGAGUUGCUGUUUUCCUUCCGUUUCUUUCGUUCGAUAUCCUUCUGUUAAAUUAUGGAUGGAUGGGAUUUAUAACAGCCUUUGCAGGCAUCGGAAGAAUAAUGUCAAUGGCUUCUUCUUUUGUUUGUUUGCUUA